CCUAACCAACAAAUAAUCCUGUCCUAACCCAAGGAAUGCUUUGUGUACAUUUUUUUAUGUGUCACUUCAUUCAGUAUAUUUGUCUCUGUCUGCUGCUACCUACAUAUGCUCAGCCACCGACAGCAGGAAGGGGAUGUAGUGUGCUAGACCGAAGAUUGUUUGCAAAUUCGUGUGGUAGAAGAAGUUCGAAAAAACUGAGCGAUCCUUCAGUCCUUUUUCGCAAACCUCAGGUUUAAUUAAUGCAUCAUGAGUGUUGAUUCCGCCAGAUCACUUCUUCUUGCUAGGCGAUCUCCUAUGGCAGUCAGCUCCUCUGUGUUUGCUAUGAAGGCAACGAUUGCGUGACGCCCAGCCGUUUCAAGGAGCCUGUCGGCUAUUUGCGCGUGCGAAGCGCUGUGAGCACUCAGAACUUCUGCCGUUUUGGGCAGACUUGUGUUUUGAACAUCUCCGGGCAGUACUUAAGGGACACCGACACGGCGGUGCUGACUCCGGUGAGCUUGGCCAGUUGCACCUCCUUAAGCUUUCAGGUGGCCGAACAAUUCAGCUUUGACUGGCCAGCAGCGAAUGCGUCCAGUGCCUCCAGCAGCUUGCUGGAAGUGGCCGAUGGUCUGAAUUUCGUCCUCUUUGACCUGGGCGUGGCCAGAGACAACGGCAUUUUCAAGGUGUGCUAUUGUGCCUCCUACGAGGGUGAGGAUGCGGACACAUUUCCUUGUAGCACUCCAGCGGAGUUCACACAAGAUGCUGGGACAUUGGUCAUCAUGCGAGUGGACCCGCAGGACUAUGAGUGCAGCAUGAACCGGAACUGUUCCAUCGAGGUCCGUGGACUCUUCAUGGCCGCCACGGACGUUUUGCUGGAAACUGGUGGACUGUUCGACUGUGGUACCGUCGUACCCCAGGAGGCGGACGUCGUGGGCGGUGUGGCCUUUCAACAGAACUUCUUUACCGCGCAGGUGAAUGCCACUGGUGACCCCAACGCCUCGCAACUCUUUGCGCUCAUCAGCUUCACAGCUCCGGGUCAACCGCAGCUCUGCUACUGCUCCACUUACGACGGGGACCCGUCCGCACUGAAUGACCAGAUCCGGGGGCCUUGCAACGAUGCA